UUAUCGAUUGUGCAAAAAUUCUCUCAAGUGUGAACAACCCUUUAGACGAGUGUAUACGAAAAAAUGAGAAGCUGCGAAACUACUGAGAAUUGAACACAGGAGGUUCUUAAAGGAUAUUCUUAUUGUAAAUUCCUAAAUCACUACAAUCCCAGGAAACUGGUCCCCUAUUACCUUUUUGCAACAAACCAAGGAUGUCUUCCAACGUAGAUGGCAGUGGGGAUUGGACUUGUGGCGAUGUAACCUGUCGGCACCUUAAUUUUGGGCGACGUAACCAGUGUAACAAAUGUCGUCGAUCCCGCAGUACGGAACGAGGAAGCUCUAGAAAACUCGGCGCCGAGAUCGGAAAAGCGGCUGCAGAGAAGUCAAGGGGUCUAUUCAGCGCCGAAGAUUGGCAAUGUAGCAAAUGUGGCAAUGUCAAUUGGGCUCGCCGGCAAACAUGUAAUAUGUGUAAUGCACCCAAAGUUAUUGACAAUGAAGAAAGAACGGGAUUUGGUGGCGGCUACAAUGAUCGUGGUGUUGUGGAGUAUAAAGAACAUGUUGAAUCUGACAGUGAGUAUGACGAAUUUGGUCGUCUAAAGAAGCGUAAGAAGAAUAACAACUCUGUGGAUUCGGGGAAAAGUUCACAAAAGGAACGAAAUGAGGAAGAUGAGGAGGAGGAAGAAGAAGAGGGCAGCGACGACGAUCUAGCCAAAUACGAUCUAUUUGGAGAGGAAGAGGACGACGAUGCAGAACCUGCUCAUACCAAAUCAAACGAUAGCAAGUCUAAGCCCAAAAAGGACGAAACAUCACCCAGGGGAAGAAGAUCUCGAAGUUUUGAAUCUUCCUCAAGUUCCUCGUCAUCAUCUUCAUCGUCCUCAUCUACAUCAUCCAAAUCUCUUAAAAAACGCGGUCGCAAACGUUCUCGUUCAUCAAGUCGCAGUCCUCGCAGAAACAAUAAGGUACAAAGCCAACGUCAUCGUUCGCCUUCCCGCGAUAAAACUAAAACGUCUUCAUCAAAUCAACGCCACCAUCUCAAUCAACAUUCUAAAUCGCGCUCAAAGUCCCACAGUUCCACGCGUUCACCAUCAUCUAAACGCAACCGAAGCCGAAAUUCAAGUUCGUCACGCAAGCAUUCAAAGUCACCACGUUCCCAUAAGCGUUCACGCUCCCGUUCUCGAACUCGCUCCCGUUCGCCACGAUCCAGAUCCCGUUCGAGAUCCUCCUCUUCACGACGUAGACGUUAAAAAUUUUUUAGCAUAAAUACUAAAUCCAUUUUGUGUUGAUUUAAAUAUGAAAUUAUGAAGUUUGAAGUACAGCAAUUUUGAAAAAUA